AUGGACCCUCAGGUGUGCAAGGUGGGGACCCUCGGACGAGGCGACCGGCUCCGGCCCGGCAGGGAGGAAGGGCAGCAGCUGCGCAGAAGCCAGGGGCCGCUCCCUAGUCGCCGGACGCGCGCGGACGGCCGGAGCGAGCCUGGGGCCCUGGCAAGCGGCUGCGGGGCCCCCGAGGGCAGCGUCCUGCCUGCGGAGCCGCGGUCUGCGGGGGCCGGGCGGCGGGCACAGAGUGAACAAGAGACUUCCAGAAAGCAGGACGUGGAGGCCGGUGCAGCAGACACUGCCCGGCGGCGGGACCCACGGAGCACGCCCGGCUUCCCCGUGAGCCCGCGGCUGCUGCGGAGACCACCGGUCCCGGCCCGCGGCCUCCCUUCCACGGCAGACACCGGGACGCUCACCACGGACCCCGGCCGGGCCUACGCGCGUGUCCUCCAACGCCGUGCACGACUCACGCCGCGCCUCCGCUGUCCCGAAGCCCGGGGGGAAGAGGCCGGGGGACGCGAGGCCCGUGGCGAGAGGCCAGCCCAGGACCGAAGGCCGCGGGGCACGCCGGAGGGCUCCGUCCACGCCAGCUCUGCGCCGGACGUGACAGGCUGGAGGUGCGACUGGGGCGGCGGAGCGCCGGGCCUUCCACACCCAGUGUCCACCUCCCACGGGCCGGGGGCGAAGCCUGAGGUUGGGCGCCACGGGCCACCGCGCCCCGGGCCCGAGGAGAACCGUCCUGCGUCCUCCCGCCCGGUGCCGGCCACCCUCUCCCGCCCCAUCCCGUCUCCUUACACGGGCUGCGGCUCCGGGUUUGGGGCCCCGGUCUCGGUAAGGGGAACCAACCAAGAGAGCCCACCUCCCACUAUUCCACCAAGAGAGCCCACUGCCACUAUUCCACCAAGAGAGCCCACUGCCACUACUCCACCAAGAGAGUUCACCUGCCACCAUUCCACCAAGAGAGCCCACUGCCACCAUUCCUCCAAGAGAGCCCACUGCCACUACUCCACCAAGAGAGCCCACUGCCACUAUUCCACCAAGAGAGCCCACCUCCCACUAUUCCACCAAGAGAGCCCACUGCCACUAUUCCACCAAGAGAGCCCACCUGCCACUACUCCACCAAGAGAGCCCACUGCCACUACUCGUGGAACUGGCUUUUCUUCACCUCCAGAUCCUUCAGCCUCCACCGCGCCUCUGGCGUCCCGGACCCUGCGCCCCCGCGCCCAGGGCAUCACCGGGGACAGCCCACGGGUGUGCGCGAGGUUCGGGGAGGCCCCCCCGGGUCCCUCCGAGGCCCGGCCGCCCCCCGCGCCUGCGCCACACCAAGCCCUGCCUCCGCCUCGGAGGUCGGCCCCCGCCACCCAGCCGCCAGCUGUACGAAGGAGUCGCCGUCGGCAAAGCAGUGGGCGAAUCGACGCGUGCUGCUCACCGUCACCCGCCGCCCGCCUUCCUAGCCGCUUCCCCUGUCACCCUGCAGCCCGGAGCGGAGCCGCUCCCCUGCGGUCACCACCCAGCACCCAGCACCCGAGCGGAGCCGCUCCCCUGCGGUCAUCACCCAGCACCCAGCACCCAGCAUCCAAGUGGAGCCGCUCCCCUGCGGUCACCACCCAGCACCCAGCACCCGAGCGGAGCCGCUCCCCUGCGGUCACCACCCAGCACCCAGCACCCAGCACCACACCCGAGCGGAGCCGCUCCCCUGCGGUCACCACCCAGCACCCAGCACCCAGCACCCAGCACCCAAGCAGAGCCGCUCCCCUGCGGCUGCCACCCAGCACCGCACCCGAGCGGAGCCGCUCCCCUGCGGUCACCACCCAGCACCCAGCACCCAGCACCCAGCACCCGAGCGGAGCCGCUCCCCUGCGGUCACCACCCAGCACCCAGCACCCAGCACCCAAGUGGAGCCGCUCCCCUGCGGUCACCACCCAGCACCCAGCACCCAGCACCCAAGUGGAGCCGCUCCCCUGCGGUCACCACCCAGCACCCAGCACCCAGCACCCAAGUGGAGCCGCUCCCCUGCGGUCACCACCCAGCACCCAGCACCCGAGCGGAGCCGCUCCCCUGCGGCUGCCACCCAGCACCGCACCUGUGCCGGGAGGGCUCUGCUCUGCCCUGCCCGGCUGA